AUGGUCGGUAGAACCAAUACAGAAGACGUCACCAACCUCCACUUACCCCGUAUUCUCUGCCUCCACGGCGGUGGAACAAAUGCCAGAAUAUUCCGUGCCCAAUGCCGAGUCCUCGAAGCGCAACUCAGAACCAACUUCCGGCUAUGCUAUGCAGAAGCGCCGUUUCCAUCAAAUGCUGGACCAGACGUCCUUUCUGUCUAUAAAGACUGGGGCCCUUUUAAACGCUGGUUGCGCUGGCUACCGGGCCAUCCAGAGAUCGAUGCCCAGACGGCUAUCGAGGAGAUAGAGAGGUCUCUAUACGCAGCCAUGGACGAGGAUGAUCUCAAAGGCGCGACUGGGGAGUGGGUCGGCCUUUUAGGAUUCAGUCAGGGAGCAAAGAUGUGUGCCAGCUUGCUAUUUCGACAGCAGAUGCAGAUGGCGACAGUUACAAGGAAUGAUAGCCCCUGGCCACAGUGGCGCUUUGCGGUGUUACUCGCAGGACGAGCACCAUUGGUCUCAUUAGAUCCGAUGCUCAUGGGGACUGGUCUCCAUCUCGCCGAUCCAUCACAGAUCGGUACGUAUAUGCCGAUUUCAUUUUAUACCGGACCGGAGAAUACCCUCAAACUACCGACUAUUCAUGUCCAUGGACUGCAGGACCCGGGUUUACAGCUGCACAGACAGCUUCUGGACAUUUGUUGUGAUCCGGAAAGCACACGACUGAUUGAAUGGGACGGAAACCACCGUGUACCGAUCAAAACUAAGGAUGUCACUGCUGUAGUGCAGGCUAUUGUUGAUUUGGGGAUUGAGACCGGAUGUUUCGAUGUUUGA